UUCAGUCAGAGUCAGUCCGGCCGUAGUUGAACCGGACCCGGAGUUCAGUCGCCACCGUUAACUCUUUCAAAUUGGACGCGAAAAGCGCGUUCGGGAAACUAGUGACCGAGUUAGAAAGAGAGAGAGAGAGAGAGCGAGCUUAUAAAGAAAGCCCCAAAGUGUGGAAAGUGAUCGCAAAAAUUCAAUUUAAAUUGAUAUUUAAAUAUAAAAAAAUAAAAUUUAAAUAAUAAAAAGCUAAGAAAUAAUCCAUAUUACUCUUAACUUCAGUAAUUAAGCAAAGAAAUCUUAAGAAAAAUCUUUGUUGAGCGGAAAAAUAAUUAAGUCAGGAAAAAGAAAAACAUCAUCUUUUUUAUGAUUAACUCAAAUUAAAACUUAAAAAAAACCAAUAAAUAUUUGCCGUUAGCCCUGAUCGCGUAGUUGACGUUCAAAACCACCCACCAAUCACCACGGCCACUCCCUUGCAUGUGAGACCCGUAAUCGACCCUCUCCGGUCCCUGGUCGAUCCAAUGAAAAUGGAAGAUCCCACCAUAAACGACACGUAUGUGCAGGAGUUCGAUCUGCACCACCUGGAAGUGGGCGGAAAUGGAGCUGGCCAGGCUCACGGGGGCUCCCAAGUGACCACAAUUGGUCAUGUGAAGCGCGAGGAUCACAGUCCGCCGCAACCGGUGGCCGUUAAGUGGACAACGAUCCACGGCGAGCCUACAAAUCCGGAUGAUGAAGCCGAAUCGCUGCCACUUUCUGGACCAGAACCCGCCGGAGCCGUAGAGGUCUCCCCGUCGCCGCACAUCAAGCUUAGGUCAUUUUCCGGUCACAAUUGGCACAUGGACGAGAGGCGCCUGCAACCACUAUCACCGCCACCGGAGCAAUAUGGUCCAUUGCCUGGCCAAGCGAUCCUGGUUAACACAUCUUCGGGAGCAGCGGGAGUACCGGGCGGAGUUCCCUCAACGCCGCCGGAAACACCACCCGUAGUGGGUUCGCCCACGGGCAGCAGCAGUUGUCCGGCACAGACUUAUGCCCACCAUUAUGCCCGGAACCCGGUUAGUUCCGUUUCUGCCUCAGCCGCCGCAGCAGCUGCCGCUUCCGCCGGAGCUGCUUCGGUGAGUGCCGGACUGAGCCACGACAUGAUGUGGCUGACAAAUUCGAUACGGGCGGAGCCACAGCCUCUGGACCUAAGACCUUUGCCCUAUCCGGGAUCCCAGGAGGAGGCAGAAGAGUGGGACAGACAGCGGGAUUACGCCCUGCAUGCGGCGGCUCAUCACCACCAUCACGGACAGCCGCUGAUGCAAGCACAACAUCAUCCGCAUGGCCACGGCGGACAUCCCCAUCAGGUGAUGCUGCAGCAGGGCAAAUAUCCGCAUCAUCAUCACCACCACUUCCACAAUCUAGAACUGACACCCAUCAAUGUCCAUGCGAAUUCAUAUGGCAGUGGUCCUGGACCUUUCACACCCACCUGCGUCCAGCCCCAAGUGCCCAGCAAUGGGAGUGGCAGCAGCGGAGGAGGCGGAGGCACUGGUAGUGGCAGCGGAGGUCCUGGCAGCGUGGGUGGUGGAUCCUGCGUAAUCACUCGGGCUGCCCUCCAACCCUGCCGACCACUUUCUGCCAGCUCAACAAGAUCCUCAAACAACAUGUCCCCUAGAACCUGUUCCGGUGCCUACAGCAAUGCCACGCUGGAGGAUUGCCUCAAUGACGACAUGUUGACCACAUUGACGGUCAGGGAGCUAAAUAAACGCCUUCAUGGCUGCCCACGCGAGGAGGUAGUGCGUCUGAAGCAGAAAAGGCGCACCCUAAAGAAUCGCGGCUAUGCCCAGAAUUGCCGAUCUAAACGUCUGCAUCAGCGCCACGAACUGGAGAAGGCCAAUCGCGUGCUCAACCAGGAUCUGCACCGUCUGAAAGUUGAGUACUCGAGGGUAUGUCAGGAGCGAGAUGCCCUCAUGCAACGGCUGCAGCGGGUGGGCGCUGCAAAUGGCGGUGCAGGUGGAUCCACCGGUGGCGAUAGCCAAAGUUCCCCGGAAUUCUACCUUUGACGCCAACUGGCGGCGGCCAGCGGCUCUUCCGCAUCAUCAUCAUCCUCCUCGCAGCAGCACCACCAGCAACUCCAUCUCCAGCAUCGGGGUGCGCAAUGGAAUACCCAGCAGCUGGUUAACUAAAUGAAAAGCUUUUUGGGUUUAAGGUAUUCCUUUAAAGGGUUAAAGUUUGUGUCCAAGUAGAGUUGGGAGUUUCUAGAGGUUCUUCUUAGGUUUUAAAGUAAAUUUUUAAAGUACAUUUUUAGAUAUUCAAAAAUAUUUUUUAAA